ACAAACAAACAGCAACAAAGCCAGGUGUGGUGGCCCCAAUUUGGGGCCAGUUUGGGCUAUAUAGUGAAUUAAAGGCUGGCUUGGACUGCAUGACGAGACCCUGGCUCAGCACACCAAAAGAAAGGAAGCGAAGAAGGAGGGGCAGACAGGUUCCUGCAGAUGAUGUCCUUUGUCAUUGGUGCCCACUGCCUGCCAGACUGAUCCAUGGUCACUUUCCGGGAUGGCAGCAACGUGACCUGGGCCGAGGAUGACCCUGACUGAACGACUACGUGAGAAGAUUUCUCAGGCCUUCUACAGCCACGGGCUGCUCUGUGCCUCCUACCCCGUCCCCAUCGUCCUCUUCACGGGCCUCUGCAUCUUAGCCUGCUGCUACCCCCUGCUAAAGCUGCCCCUGCCGGGCACUGGCCCUGUGGAGUUUGCCACCCCAGUGAAGGACUACACCCCGCCCCCUGCUGACCCUGAGCCCUGGCCGGGGGAGCCCAGCGAGCGGCCAGAUUGGUAUGUGGGUACCCCAGUGGCCUAUAUCCAGCAGAUAUUUGUGAAGACCUCUGUGUCACCCUGGCAUAAGAACCUCCUGGCAGUGGAUGUGUUCCGUUCCCCUCUGUCCCGGGCUUUCCAGCUGGUGGAGGAGAUCCGGAAUCAUGUGCUGCGAGACAGCUCAGGGACCAGGAGUCUGGAGGACGUGUGCCUGCAGGUGACCGACCUGCUGCCAGGCCUCAGGAAGCUCCGGAACCUGCUCCCCGAGCAUGGCUGCCUGCUGCUGUCCCCGGGGAACUUCUGGCAGAAUGACCGAGAGCGCUUCCAUGCUGACCGUGACAUCAUCGGGACCAUCCAUCAGCACGAGCCCAAGACACUACAGACUUCCGCCACACUCAAGGACUUGCUGUUCGGUGUUCCUGGGAAGUACAGUGGGGUGAGCCUUUACAAGAAGAGGAGGAUGGUGUCGUACACAAUCACCCUGGUCUUCCAGCACUACCACGCCAAAUUCCUAGGCAGCCUACGUGCCCGCCUCAUGCUCCUGUACCCCAGCCCCAACUGCAGCCUCCGGGCGGAAAGCCUGGUGCACGUGCACUUCAAGGAGGAGAUUGGCAUCGCCGAGCUCAUCCCCCUGGUCACCACCUACAUCAUCCUCUUCGCCUACAUCUACUUCUCCACACGCAAGAUCGACAUGGUCAAGUCCAAGUGGGGGCUGGCGCUGGCUGCCGUGGUCACUGUGCUCAGCUCGCUGCUCAUGUCUGUGGGGCUCUGCACACUUUUCGGCCUGACACCCACACUUAAUGGCGGUGAGAUCUUCCCGUACCUGGUGGUGGUGAUCGGCUUUGAGAACGUGCUGGUGCUCACCAAGUCGGUGGUGUCGACCCCGGUAGACCUGGAGGUGAAGCUACGGAUUGCCCAAGGCCUGAGCGGUGAGAGCUGGUCCAUCAUGAAGAACAUGGCCACUGAGCUGGGCAUCAUCCUUAUCGGCUACUUCACCUUGGUGCCUGCCAUCCAGGAGUUCUGUCUCUUCGCGGUUGUGGGCCUGGUGUCUGACUUCUUCCUCCAGAUGCUGUUCUUCACCACAGUCCUGUCCAUCGACAUCCGCCGCAUGGAGCUGGCGGACCUGAACAAGCGGCUGCCCGCAGAGGCCUGCCUGCCCCCGGCCAAGCCCGUGGGGCGGCCAGCCCGCUAUGAGAGGCAGCUGGCCGCGCGGCCAUCCACACCUCACACCAUCACACUGCAGCCGUCCUCCUUCCGCAACCUACGGCUGCCCAAGCGGCUGCGUGUCGUCUACUUCCUGGCCCGCACCCGCCUGGCGCAGCGCCUCAUCAUGGCCGGCACCGUGGUCUGGAUCGGCAUCCUGGUAUACACAGACCCCGCCGGGCUGCGCACCUACCUGGCUGCCCAGGUAACAGAGCAGAGCCCGCUGGGCGAGGGGUCCCUGGCCUCCAUGCCUGUGCCUAGUGGCGUGCUGCCCGCCAGCCGCGUGGACCCCGCCUUCGCCAUCUUUCCACCUGACGCCCCGAGGCUCCCCGAGAACCAGACGCUGCCCGGGGAGCAGCCCGAGCAGGCCGGCCCAGCCGAAAGCGCCCAGGACGGCCCGGUGCCAGAGGUGACCUGGGGGCCCGAGGACGAGGAGCGCUGGCGGGAGCUGUCCUUCCGCCACUGGCCCACGCUCUUCAGUUACUACAACAUCACGCUGGCCAAGCGGUACAUCAGCCUGCUGCCCGUCAUCCCCGUGACGCUGCGCCUCAACCCGCGGGAGGCGCUGGAGGGACGGCACCCCCAAGACGGCCACAGCGCCUGGGCCUCCCGUGGCCCCGCACCGCCCGGGGUCUGGGAGGCAGCGGGGCCCGCGGGGCUGGGCUCCGCGCAGGCGCCCCGGGACGUCACGCUGUACAAGGUGGCGCUGCUCGGGCUGGCAGCCGGCGUUGCGCUCGUGCUGCUGUUGCUCUGCCUCUACCGCGUGCUGUGUCCGCGCGACUACGGGCAGCCCGGGGGUGGUGGGCGGCGGCGGCGCGGGGAGCUGCCGUGUGACGACUAUGGGUACGCGCCGCCCGAGACAGAGAUCGUGCCAUUGGUGCUGCGCGGCCACCUCAUGGACAUCGAGUGCCUGGCCAGCGACGGCAUGCUGCUCGUGAGCAGCUGCCUGGCGGGCCACGUGCGCGUGUGGGACGCGCAGACGGGGGACUGCCUCACGCGCAUCCCACGGCCAGGGCAGCGCAGGGACAGCGGAAGCCCUGAGGCUAGGGAACACUGGGCGCGGCUGCCUGAGGAUGGCCCGAAGGCAGGUGCCCAGGAACCAAGAGACAGCCCCCCACGCCGCCGCCGGCCCCGGGGCCCCCCGCCCACGCUUUUUGGGGACCAGCCCGACCUCAGCUGCCUCAUCGACACCGACUUUGCCGGGGCGCAGUCCAAGCCCUCGCAGCCGGAGCCCCGACAUCGGGCUGGUUGCGGCCGAGUGUGCGACACCCCAGGCUACGACUUCAACCGUCUGGUGCAGCGCGCCUGCCGCAGCGAGGGCCCUGCCCGUCACCCCCCCUCGCCCACGCCCCCCUCUGAGGACCCCACGCAGGACAAGGACGGCCCCCCACCUGCCUGGACGCCAAGCGCUGAGGGCUCCAUUUGGAGCCUGGAGCUGCAGGGUGGUCUCUUCGUGGUGGGGCGGAGCAGCGGCCGGCUGGAGGUGUGGGACGCCAUUGAGGGUGAGCUGCGCUGUAGCAGCGAGGUGUCGUCCUCGGGCAUCACAGCCCUGGUCUUCCUGGAUGCUAGGGUGGUGGCCGCUAGGCUCAAUGGUUCCCUGGAUUUCUUCUCCCUGGAGACACAUGCGGUCCUCAGCCCGCUGCAGUUCCGAGGAACCUCGGGGCGGGGCAGCUCUCUGUCUGCUCUGCAGAGUGGCAGUGACGUGGUGGCCUGCCGCCUGACCCACACGGUGCCCUGCGCACACCAGAAACCCAUCACAGCACUGCGAGCCGCUGCUGGGCGCCUGGUGACCGGGAGCCAGGACCACACCCUGAGGGUGUUCCGUCUGGAGGACUCGUGCUGCCUCUUCACCCUACAGGGCCACUCAGGGGCCAUCACGAGUGUCUAUGUUGACCAGACCAUGGUCUUGGCCAGUGGGGGACAGGACGGGGCCAUCUGCCUGUGGGACAUGCUAACGGGCAGCCGGGUCAGCCACAUGUUUGCGCACCGUGGGGAUGUGACAUCCCUCACCUGCACCGCCUCCUGCAUCAUCAGCAGCGGCCUAGAUGACCUCAUCAGCAUCUGGGACCGUAGCACGGGCAUCAAACUCUACUCCAUUCAGCAGGACCUGGGCUGCGGUGCAAGCCUGGGUGUCAUCUCUGAUAACCUGCUGGUGACUGGUGGCCAGGGCUGCGUCUCCUUUUGGGACCUGAACUAUGGGGACCUGCUGCAGACUGUGUACCUGGGGAAGAACAGUGAGGCCCAACCGGCCCGCCAGAUCCUGGUGUUGGACAAUGCUGCCAUCGUGUGCAACUUCGGCAGCGAGCUCAGCCUGGUCUAUGUGCCCUCUGUGCUGGAGAAGCUGGACUGAGGGCGAGUGGGGCCGGCACUGGACCUGGCUGGCUGAACAGGAGCAUCCCUGCUCCUGGACUGUGGCAUUAAACUUUUUAAAAAACAA